UCUCAUUGGCUUAGGGAGUGAUGAUGUCAUAGGGAAAUUUAAGAAUCUUAAGUCCUUUGAUGUUUUUCCUUAAGUAGGGGUGAGAAACAGCAAGUUUUAGUUCGUUUUAGCAGCAUCUGUGUUUGCAGCCUACAAAACGUUCACCACAGAAACAUUUGGAAAGAUGUCUGUGAAGGUUCUCUCUGCAGUUUCUUUGCAAGCUCCUUUGAAACAUUUGGAAAGCUCUUCAAAGUCAUCAUAUAGAAACUCCAACAUGUUUCCAAGAAAAAAACCACCAAUUCAAAAAGAUUACGCCCCCUGUCCUUCCUGGCGUGGCCGGCCAAUUUCCCCAAAUGGUGUCUCAUCCUUCCAAAGGGCUUUAGAGGAGAGUAGGAAGGAAAACUACCUUCUCCAGAAAAAAAUGCAACUAAUUGAAGAAGAGAAACUUCAACUGGAGGACAAGUGUAGACAAAUGGAAGCCCAAAAUAAAGAGCUGGAAGAAAGACAACAGCGUCAGCCGGACAUAAAAAUUCAAAUUCAAAUCAAGUUUGCUCAGACCCGAGAGCAGAUUGUGCACCUCAUUAAAGAAAACAGGCAAAAGAGUGCAGAACUAAAAGAAAUGACCAACCUGCUCCAAGACAAGAAAACGAUGAGUGAUAAGAUACAAUGGGAUCUCCAAUACAUGGACCGAAAAAAUCGGCUCCUCCAAAGACAGCUCCAUGAAGUUGUGGAAGAAAAGAAUAAAUUCCUCCAACAGAAGGAAGAGCAGGACAAAAAGCAACGAGACAUGCAGCACGAACUAAAGAGCAUGCAGGAAAAAUACCGAAUGCUGAAAGAAAGCCUGGAUGAAACACUGCGCCAAAAUAAAGACCUUCUUCAACAGAAAGAGCAACAACAAGAAAGACUGAAAGAAGGAAAACGCAUCGUCCAGGACUUUGAGUCUAAAAAUCUAAAACUGCAAGAGUUUUGUAAUCAGCUGGAGGACAAAGCAACUAAAGUGGAAGAAGAAAAGGACAAACUGGAGAAACGGUGCUCACAGAUGCAGAAAAGGAUCGAUCAGAUAGCGAGAAACAACUCCGAGCUCAUUAAGGGGAUUUUGGUGGAAUUCAAUAACCUGAAGCGUGAAAACACUCAAUUGCAGGCGCAAAAACAACAACAAGACAAAAUACAUGAAGACCUGCAGCUCACGCUCCAAGAAAUCCAGAAAAGAAACGAGCAGUUAGAAGACAAGCACAAAGAGGUCCAACAGAGAAAUGCAGACAUGCACGAGGACAAGCUGAUACAGGAGGCAACAUCCAAACAACUCAAAGACAAGCUUGAAGAAGAACAAGCAACAUUAGAAGAGGUGGAAAAAAGAUGUGAGAAACUUGAAGAACAAAACGCAGAAACCAUCGAUGAGCUGAGAAAUCUCAUCCUGGAAAAAAAAAGCGCUCGUGGAAAAGUGCAUGGGAAAAAAAAGAAAAAAUGGUUCCGCUUGUUCCAGAGGAGAGACGCUACUGCUUCCUCACCUGAUGUAGCCUCGUCUUGCUCCACCUCUGUUAACCCCCCCAACCAGUCCAGGCAGUUGACUGUCCCCUCCUGAGCCUGGUUCUGCCGGAGGUUUCUGCCCGUUAUAAAGGCAGUUUUUCCUCCCCAC